UAGGUACUCUAAUUCACAAGUUGGGGUCAACCUAAGUGUGAUAGUUGCCUUAUUCACAGGACAAGCUGCAGAUUAAAGCCGGGAUGGACAAUUUGGGUGAAUUGGUGACUUCUCCUGCUGGAGGCAGUUUUGAGCCCCAUAUAAUCACAGUUAACAGAGGCGAGGAUAUCAUCAUGAAGAUUGUCACAUUUGCCAGACAAGGACAACCUGAAGAUAUUUGUGUGCUUUCUGCUGUGGGUUCUAUUUCAAGUAUUACACUUAGACAUCCCAAUUCUUCUGCUUGCCCAUCGACAUAUGAGGGAAUGUUCGAUAUCGUUUCACUGUCAGGAUUGUUCGCUCCCUCAGAGGUUGGGACCCCAGCUUUCAAUAGCUCAGGUUUCCUGAAGGUGGUUUUAGCAAGACCUGGCGGUCAUGUAUUUGGGGGAGCACUUGCGGGAAGAAUAAUAGCAGACAUUCCUGUACAGGUUGUCUUCGGCAGCUUUCUGAGGAGUGGGCAUCAGGAGAACUUUGUGGCAACAGAAACCACAUUGAACAAUCGGGAGGAAGAAACAGAAGCAGACUUACCUUUGCCCGCUGAUUGUCCGGAACAAGCAAAGAAAUAAAAGUAGAGCUACUCCCAUCAUUUUCCUCUAGCAGAUUCUUCUUCUUGUUCCUUUGCUAAAUAGAGGACCAAACAAGACAAAAAGACAUUUGGAUUUCAUGAUCUCAAAGUCCACUGGCAUGUUUGGGAUUAACUAGUCGGUUUCAACAGUUCUUUGUGGUUGUUUAACAUGAUGGUGUUAUAUGUUUUGUGUGUGCAAUGAAGACAACAUCUAGCUGUCCCUACAACAUAAGAGAAAAGAAAAGAAAAGAAAAGAAAAUGGAAAAUGAAACAGCACAGACAUGCAAUACAAACUAGCAAUUCAUGAGUUUUUGAGUAA